GCAACCCAUGCCUGGCCAUCUGUUGCUUACCUUGGCAACUUUCCUGCAGCUGCACCAGGAACCAACCCCUUCCAGAAACCUUAAUGGGGAUAAUUGGCCUCAUGACUCAGGAUGCUGAGUUGAAGUUCUGGAUCCCUCUCUGUUUGUGAGGGUUGGGCUUCCCAUUAGAGCUUGUGAAAAUAUUUUGAAAGCCAUAAUCCUAUAAGAUCCUCAUCCCUCAAUACUGAUCUCCCCUCCGGGCUCCAAACCAUGAACUAUGAGACUGCUGGCUCAGAAUCCAGCUCCGGACUAUGACAGAAGCCAGUGGCUGAAUGAGAAGUUCAAGCUGGGCCUGGACUUUCCCAAUCUGCCCUACUUAAUUGAUGGGACUCACAAGGUCACCCAGAGCAACGCCAUCCUGCGCUACAUUGCCCGCAAGCACAACCUGUGUGGGCAGACAGAAGAGGAGAAGAUUCGUGUGGACAUUUUGGAGAACCAGGUUAUGGACACCCGCAUGCAGCUCAUCAAUCUCUCCUACAGCCCUGAUUUUGAGAAAAAGAAGCCAGAAUUCUUGGAGGGCCUCCCUGACAAGAUGAAGCUCUUCUCACAGUUCCUGGGGAAGCAGCCUUGGUUUGCAGGGAACAAGAUCACCUUCGUGGAUUUCCUUGCUUAUGAUAUCCUUGACCAGCACCGUAUGUUUGACCCCAAGUGCCUGGAGGCCUUCCCUAACUUGAAAGACUUCAUGUCCCGCUUUGAGGGCCUGGAGAAGAUCUCUGCCUACAUGAAGUCCAGCCGCUUCCUUCCAAGACCUGUGUUUUCACAGAGUGCAGUGUGGGGCAGCAAGUAGGGCCCUGCAAUGCCAGGAUGGGAGAAGGAUCUACCUUGCCCCUUGUCCCUAUCCUGGGGCACAGCUGGCCGCCUGCAUCCAUGCAUCAGUUUUCUCAUCCCUCUAUCUUUUCCACUCCCUUCUCUGCAAGGCCUCAUCAGCUCCCUUUCUUCUACUGAGCACCGCCCCCCCAAAUCAUGCCUCUUAAGCUUCACCUCCCCACUUUACUUUACAGAAGUCCCCUUCUCCGCUUCCUUGUGCCUGACCUGAAACUAACCAGAUAGUCCUUUAUUCUGAUUUGAGGAGGCUGCCUGACUCCAUUCCAUCUGCCUGGUUUGGAACCUGGUGUACAGGCCCUGGUCUCUGUUGUGUUGGGUGCCCUGGCUCUGUCUGAUCCUCAAUAAAACUUAAAACAUAA